GCGCUCAUUCGACAAGGAUUCAUCGGCUGUACCCCGGAGAGCCCCCAGAUUGCUGUCGACCUCCACACGCUGGAGGUGUAUCACCGUCUCCGUCGUCGACAGCCCCAGCUUGGUAUCCAGCCUUUUGCCCGGAUGCUCUGCGACAUCAGUAAUAUUAACUACUCGUCGCACACGCGGGACGCGUUCUCGCAGUCGUUUGACGCCUACCUCCAUAUUCUCCGAACCAUUCAUUCUCGCCUUGACUCGGAAUUAGGUCGUGAUACCCCCAACUGGCGUUCUCUACAUAGCUGUCCAUGCUGCCAUGCCAAACUUCCGGAUGAUCCCCCACUUGUACCUGCUGUCCAGUUCGCCUCCGACGGGAAUAAUUCGGCUCGAAGAGUCGAGUCGGCGGGUAACGCCGACCCGAGGACAUUCACAAGCGACUAUUUCAUCCCACGCAAAGAGGUUGACGUGUACAAGAAUGAAGUCCGUAGUACCGGCGACGACACUGCGGACAACGAUGCUGCGGACAACGACAACGAGGGCCAAUCCGGGCGCUGCACAUCCGACUUUCGUGCGAGUCGCCCAGACGGUCAUAAAACCGCACUCGAUAUCUACGAAACGACGGGAAUAUUUGCGUCGGCAUGUCAGCAUGGCAUCAUCCAGAAGAUCUGCGAGAUGGUUCGCAGUGGCGAGCUGGCAAAGUAUGGACUGGCAACUGUUGCUCACCUCCUCGAUGUACAUGGAAACGAUGUUGGUCUCGGGCAGGACACGGGCUGCGCUUUCAGUAAAACGGUGGCUUCGAGCCCAUUGCUGGGUGACAAGGCACGCGCUCAGAAUUUGCAGAUAUGUGUCAAUGCUUUCCAUGGAUAUGCUCACAGUCGUCUAUGUCAACUUAGCUUCCAUCCCCUUUAUCGCCGCGGCGCCGGUCUAUCGGAUCUCGAGCAGAUGGAGCGGGUCUUCUCGGGAUCAAAUCCCGUUGCCCGCAUCGUCCGCUACGCAUCUCAGUUCCACUUCAUACAGGGUCUGGACCUCCACUUCCAGCAAUGGGAUGAAGACCGGUACGCAGAUCUCACAACCUUCUUGAUCAGCAAGUACCGACAGGCAACGGCUAUGAUCGCCGAGUACGACCCCGUUGUACGGGCCAUGUGCAAUCGACUAUCAAUUACAACAGCCGACAUUGACAAGUGGCCCGAAUUGGAGCGCACGUUCCUGUUGAACUUGAAGGAGGAGCCCGACGAACGGAAGCUGGCAGCCGAGUACGUCAGAGCAAUAGAGGCUCGAGAGAGGCUUGGAGAGGAGCUUAGCAAGACCUCGGGCGCAUUCAGACUGGCAACCGGCAGCGUUGACUACGACAAAGAUGUCAGCGAAACCCUUAAGAUCGAGAACAGUCGGCGCGCUACAGCGAACGAGUUCUUCGUACAGAACCGCGCAGUCCACGACCUCGAAACCGCCCUCGGGAUCAGCAAAACCUGGUUGCAAUCGUCAGAUGAAUAUCAAGCCGCCGCUCGGUACAUCAAACAUCAAGAUUUCUACCGGGCGUCUGAUCGCCUUCAGCUUCUCGUCGUGCAGCGGCUUCAGGAACUGGCAAAAACCCACGCUAUGGACACAGCGUACAAGAUGCGCAUGUCCAUCAGCAAGGCUGUCGAAAGGCGCUCCACCGCCGUUCGCACAGCCCUCGCCAACUACAACAAGCUGGCCGCGACAAUGGACCCUCCCGCCGUCAAGCUGACUUGGCGGGAAAUAAUUGAUUAUUCCUUUUCAUCUGAGCUCGAUAUCCUGAAGCACUCGUUUUUUCAGCCGGACGUCCGCGACCAGCCUUGGGCUAAGCCCGUCAACCGAGACAUUGCGACCAAGUACUUCAAGACCGUAAGGGCGCGCGAAGAAAUUAAUAGGCUCAACGUGGAGGCCCGUCGACUUCACGCGUGGAUCAUCAAGGAGAACACGGAUCUGGAGAACCAUCGGAAGCGGCUAGAACAAACCAAUCCCCUCCUUGCGGUUGCUCUAACUCAUCGAUACUCCGCGCGUAUUCGUAUUAAUAAGGUACAUCUUUCGCGGCUGGUGGUUCUUGAACGCCUGCGAGGGUACACAGGCGCCAGGCUCAGCGACACUGCAGAGAGUGUCUGUGCCCCCUCAGUGGAAACAGCAGCCUCGCAGGAUGGUGGUAUCUCAGGCAUGGAGCCAGAUCUUGAGGACGACGAGUUACUAGAUAGCAUGCAUCGUUUAUCUACAUUUUUUGAGCAACUUGAGUAG